UUAACACAACACAACACUAUACAACACACACGCACAACCAGUAAUUCCCGCUGGAUUCAGCUGUUGAACUUGAGCAAAUGUCGAUGUCGGACUCCAAGUCCAUCGUGUCCUUCUGGAGACGCGCGAUCGCUCAGGGGAAGCGUGGAGGUUCAUGGAACAAAGCUGGCGACAACAGCUCCUUGAGGCACCUGAGCCUGCCCAGCACCCCAGAGAGAGAGCCUCGCGCUGGGGACAGCGCUACCAUGCUGCCCCUGGUCGAGCUCCUGUGCUGCCCAGGGUGCAGCACCUUCCUGCAUCAGCCCAUCUCUCUGCCCUGUGGGCACUGCCUCUGCCUGCCAUGCCUCGCCGCCCUGCGCAAGAACAAAGCCCGCAAGAUGCCGCCUGGCCCCUCUGACGACGCCCCUACCACUGCGGAGCUGUCGGCCCAGUGCCCUCGGUGCCAGGCGAAUUACCCGCUCCUGCCCGGAGAAGCCUGGUCCUUCCCUGCCAACGUGCUGCUGGCGCAGCUGGCGCAGAGGCUGCUGGAUGCCCACCCGGAGCUGCGGAGGCUGCAAGAGCAUGCGCGGCACCGUGGGCUGAGGUCCAGGUCGGCGUCCGCGUCGUGCCCGCUGCCAGUCUCCGUGGGCCCACGCCCGGCACCCUGCGAGCUCUGCUCCAAGCGCCGUCCCGCCCAGACCUACUGUGCCACCUGCAGGCUCCACUACUGUGCCAAGUGCCUGCUCAAGCUCCACGGCAACCCGGCAUACCGCGCCCACACGCUGGCCGAGCCCGCCGAGGAGGAGGGGCGAGAGCUGUGCCCCGCCCAUCCAGAGCGAUCCCUCACGCACUUCUGCCAGAGUGACGGGGCACUGGGCUGCCACGACUGCAUGGCACAGCCCGACUGCACCCACCAUGGACACGUGGUGGCGCCACUGAGCGAAGCGCGAGCCAGCACUGAGAACAUGUUACGCCAGGCACUGGAGCAUGCCAGCAUGGUUCAGCAGCAGUGUGACUCUGAGUGUGAGCAGAUGGAGGCUCUGUCGGCGCACGUGUGCUCUGGCAGUGCCGAUCUUUGCCGCACCAUCCGCCAGGGCUUCCUGUCUCUGCGCAACGCCCUGCUGGACCGGGAGGCGUCUCUGCUCUCCCAGCUGGACACCCUGAGCUCCAGCAGCGGCGGCGUGGCCCAGGCCUUCCUCCAGCGCGCCGGCCGACCGCAGAGCUCUCUCUCUGGGCUGGCGGGGCUGGGGGAGCGGGCCCUCCUGGAGCCCCGGGCAUCCGUGUUCCUGCAGGGCGCCGCAGGGUUGGCACGCUGGCUGGCGGCGCUCAGCGCUGAGGUACCGCGCCCGGAUAUCCACCUGCUGCCCGCCGGGCACCAGCCUUUCGCCGGGGCAGAGCUCCACUUCGACCAGCUCCUGAGCGACUUGCUAGGCCUCAUGGGAAAGCACCUGCGCUGGGGGGUCACCGACACGGUCGCCAUGCCCACUGCCAUCGCCAGGGAGAUGAUUGGCGAGGAGGCAGGGAAGGAGGAGGAGGAGAAGGAGGAGGAGGACCAGGAGGAGGACGCGGAGCAGGAUGGGAGGGGAGAGGAGGUGGACGUGCUGCCCCGGCAGGGCACUCCCUCGCUGGGCAGCGGGGACGAGGAGGACUCCCUGGAGCUGGAGGAGAAGCUGCGGAUGCCCGCUGGGGACAGAGCCAGAGAUGCCAAAGCCAUGCUGCUGCCCAGGCCCCCCAUCAUCUACCAGCACAACGUCUACAGCAACGCUGUCGAGGUUUUCUGGAUGGUUCCGCUGGGGGAGGAGGUGCACUCCUUUGACCUGCACUUCCAGGAUGCCAGCGUGGGUGUGGCCAGUGGACGGGGCGUGGUGAUGGGCGGGGUCAAAGGCUGCAGCCUGCAGACCUCCGGGCUUCGCCAUGACACCCAGUACCUGUUCCGAGCGCGCUCAGUCAACGCGCUCGGCCACGGCGCCUGGAGCACCGCCUACCGGGUCAGUGCACACUCCCCCCUGCGCCGUUUCCAUGGCGACUCACAUGUGUGUCAACAGAGGGCAUGGCAACAGAACGACUCGUAACUUUUUUUUUCUUCUCACCACUAGGUGAACACGGGCAGCUUGGAAGAGGGGCAAGAUUUCACUCCAGCUCAGGAAGUGUAACCAUGGAAACGGGAUGUUUGCAUCAUCUACAUCAACAUCCACAGAUCUAGUUUAUCUUUUUGAAAUGAUCACUGCUACAAUAAAACUACAAUGCAUCAAGUUGUUUCUGUGUCAGCUCCCUCCAUUUCCGCCUAUUGCCAGA